AAUAAUUGCUAUGGCUCUGGAGGAAGAAGACGAAGAAAGACGAAAACAGCGACCUGUUACAAGACGAAAGUGGGUUGAUAACGCUUGGAAGAGAAGGACGAUAGAAGGAGAGUUUUACACAUUGAUGCCUCAUCUCAUUGAUAACGAAACAAAAUUUUAUGAGUAUUUUAGGAUGUCUCUAAUCACAUUUCAUAAACUGUUAUCGAAAGUAGAAGCACAUUUGCACAAAGAAGAUACAUUUUGGAGGCAAGCUAUAACUCCAAAACAUCGUUUGGCUGUGUGUUUAAGAUUUCUGGCUACUGGAGAUUCAUUCAAGACUAUUUCUUUCAGCUACAGACUGGGCAGAUCAACAGUAGCAGCAAUUGUUCAUGACACUUGUAGAACAAUAGUGAAGGUUCUCUUAAACGAAGUUAUGCCAAUACCUAAUGAAGAAGGGUGGCAUACCAUAGCAAACGAAUUUUGGAAUGAGUGGCAGUUCCCAAACUGUAUUGGUGCUUUGGAUGGUAAGCACAUCACAAUACAAGCCCCUAAGUUAUCAGGAAGUCUCUAUUGGAAUUAUAAAAAAACUUAUUCAAUUGUUCUGUUGGCUCUGGUUGAUCCUUGCUACAACUUUAUUGUAGUAGAUGUGGGUGGAUAUGGAAAAAACUCAGAUGGAGGUAUUUUCUCAAAUUCAAAAUUUUGGUAA